CUUUAAAGAGGAGUGGCUUGCUUAGCGGAGUUGGAAGGAACGUGUCGAGCAAAGUCAACUUUUCGAACCGAAUAAUAUACAUUUCCACAAGCAUCAAAUCAGUCUCUGUCCAGGUUGAGGAGCCCAAGGUCAGCAUGGCCCAGUGGAACCAGUUGCAGCAGCUGGACCCCAGAUACCUGGAGCAGCUCUACCACCUGUACAGUGAGAGUUUCCCCAUGGAGCUGCGCCAGUUCCUCGCCCCAUGGAUUGAGAGCCAGGACUGGGCCUAUGCUGCCAACAAGGAGUCCCACGCCACGCUGGUGUUUCACAACCUCCUGGGGGAGAUGGACCAGCAGUACAGCCGCUUCCUGCAGGAGAACAACGUGCUGUACCAGCACAACCUGAGGCGGAUCAAGCAGCACCUGCAGAGCAAGUACCUGGAGAAGCCCGUGGAGAUCGCCCGCAUCGUGGCCCGCUGCCUGUGGGAGGAACAGCGCCUCCUGCAGACCGCCACCGCCGCCGCUCAGGAAGGGCAGGUGGCACACCCCUCGGGGACCGUGGUGACAGAAAAGCAGCAGAUCCUGGAGCACAACCUGCAGGACGUCAGGAAGAGGGUACAGGAUAUGGAGCAAAAAAUGAAAAUGCUGGAGAACCUGCAGGAUGAUUUUGACUUCAAUUACAAGACUCUGAAAAGCCAAGGAGAGCUGUCUCAGGACCUGAAUGGCAACAGCCAGGCGGCAGCCACCAGGCAGAAGAUGUCUCAGCUGGAGCAGAUGCUGAGCGCCCUGGACCAGCUCAGAAGGCAAAUCGUCACUGAGAUGGCCGGGCUGCUUUCAGCCAUGGACUUUGUGCAGAAGAAUCUAAUGGAUGAAGAGCUGGCUGACUGGAAGAGGAGGCAGCAGAUAGCCUGUAUCGGGGGGCCCCCCAACAUCUGCCUGGACCGCCUGGAGACCUGGAUCACGUCCCUGGCCGAGUCCCAGCUGCAGAUUCGCCAGCAAAUCAAGAAGCUGGAGGAGCUGCAGCAGAAAGUGUCCUACAAGGGGGACCCAAUCAUUCAACACCGGCCUGCCCUGGAGGAGAAGAUCGUGGACAUCUUCAAGAACCUCAUGAAAUGUGCAUUCGUGGUGGAGCGUCAGCCCUGUAUGCCCAUGCACCCGGACAGGCCUCUCGUCAUCAAAACCGGGGUUCAGUUCACCACUAAAGUCAGGUUACUGGUGAAGUUUCCUGAAUUGAAUUACCAGCUAAAAAUUAAAGUGUGCAUUGACAAAGAAUCAGGGGAUGUAGCCGCCCUGCGAGGGUCCCGUAAGUUCAACAUCCUUGGCACCAACACGAAAGUAAUGAACAUGGAGGAGUCCAACAAUGGCAGUCUGUCUGCAGAGUUCAAACAUCUGACCCUGAGGGAGCAGAGGUGUGGGAACGGUGGCAGGACCAAUGGUGAUGCGUCUCUGAUUGUGACAGAGGAGCUCCAUCUCAUUACCUUCGAGACAGAAGUCUACCAUCAAGGCUUGAAGAUGGACCUGGAGACCCACUCCCUGCCAGUGGUUGUGAUCUCCAACAUCUGUCAGAUGCCCAAUGCGUGGGCCUCCAUCCUGUGGUACAACAUGCUUACCAACCAUCCCAAGAAUGUGAACUUCUUUACCAAGCCACCAGUGGCAACAUGGGACCAGGUGGCUGAGGUCCUGAGUUGGCAGUUCUCCUCCACUACCAAGAGGGGGCUCACCAUCGAUCAGCUGACCACACUGGCUGAGAAACUGCUGGGGCCAUGUGUGAACUACUCUGGAUGCCAGAUCACCUGGGCCAAGUUCUGCAAAGAAAACAUGGCUGGCAAAGGCUUCUCAUUCUGGGUGUGGCUGGACAACAUCAUCGACCUGGUGAAGAAGUACAUCCUGGCACUCUGGAAUGAAGGGUACAUCAUGGGCUUCAUCAGCAAGGAGAGGGAGAGGGCCAUCCUGAGCCCCAAGCCCCCGGGGACCUUCCUGCUGCGCUUCAGCGAGAGUAGCAAGGAGGGCGGCAUCACCUUCACCUGGGUGGAGAAGGACAUCAGCGGUAAAACACAGAUCCAGUCAGUGGAGCCCUACACCAAACAGCAGCUCAACAGCAUGUCCUUCGCCGAGAUCAUCAUGGGCUACAAGAUAAUGGACGCCACCAACAUCCUGGUCUCGCCGCUGGUCUACCUCUUCCCUGAGAUCCCCAAGGAGGAGGCCUUCGGGAAGUACUGCCGCGCCGAGGCCAUGGAGCAGCCCGACCUGACCGACCCAGGUACCACUGUGCCAUAUUUGAAGACGAAGUUCAUCUGCGUUACCCCAACUAACUCUGGAAACACCAGCGAUCUGUUCCCCAUGUCCCCUCGUACCCUGGACUCAAUGCUGAUGCACAACGAUGGGGCAGAAGCCAACCCUGGGGGUCCGCUAGAAUCCCUCACUCUGGACAUGGAGUUCAGCUCUGACGUGGCCUCGCCCAUGUGAGGCGGACCUGCGCGUGGUGAAAACAGCGCCGUGCCGAUUCGGUGUAUUCAUUUUUCCUCAGGCUCCUACCCUGUCAUGCAUGUGUCUCACUCACCCACCUAUUAUAUUGGUGGGUGUUAUCUCUCCACCCAAACCUAGCUGCACAGCAGUCCCCUACACCAUGACUAUUAUCGUUUUAUUAUUACUGUUGUUUGAUUGUUCAUUUUUGUUAAUGACGCAUCAGCACUUUGUUGGAGCGGCACCAUUCCAUGCCACAGAAGCACCAAUGCUAUUUUUCUGGUUAAUGCUGACUCAAAAAGCUCACUGGGUUGGAUCAGUUUGUUUAUGGGCAGAACAGCUGCUUGUGUCAGUUGUAUUUCAUAAUCAUCUCCCUAAUGAUAAAAAAACAAUUAUGAAAGUAUUUUUAUUUUUUUAUGUAGUGAAUAUAGUUAUACUGUAUACUGUAUAUGUAUCUUUUAACUUCCCUGCGUGGGUGGUCAGGAAGGGUUUCUGAAAUGUAAUGUAACUUGUAAAUGUUUCUUUGAAAUGCUGUGAGCUAGAUAUUGCUGUGUAAGCUAUUGAUACUGUGGGAGAGAAGCUGGUUGUUAAGUAUAUGCUUUGCAAAUGGCAUAUGUAGGCUUUUGUUUUUGAAUGUAAUUUGUAUGAUAUACUCUUUGCUCUUUGUGUGCCGUUCAAGUUCGCUGUUUGGCACCAUUGGGUUUGGGUCAUGUAUAGAAGCAGUCCAAUAACUUUUUUUUUUAAACAAGAGGUUUGAACUGUCCUUAUCUCACGAGACUGUGGGUGAGGAACUUUGGCAAACUUGCAGAAUACUAUCACAGCUAUGGAGAACUGUCUAAUACCACUUUUGAACUUACCAGGACCAAAUGAAAACAAGCCCAAGGCCUCAGAGAAAGGUUCUUUUGCGUUUAUGCUUUAAAAUUUAUAUUAAUGUAAUAACGGAAUAAUAUUUACUGUGUAAAGACCAUUUUUUCUGCCCGUUUAUCUUUUUCUGAAAGCACCCAGUAGUAAUUUGUGGUGAAUGGUGCUUUAGAAAACAAGUAUCUUGACUCACAGCUGGAACAUUUCUUAUCCUUAAAGCCUUUUCACAUAAACAUGUUUGAAAUAUUUAUCUUUUACUGGUCAUCAUGAUAAACAGCACUUGAGGCUGAGCCCAACCAUUACUACAGAGGUUGUUAACUGCCAUCACCAUGCAGAAUAUUGUGCUGUACCGUGCAUUUUCAGUAGUGU